CGCGUUUUGACUCAGAUGACAACUCUCACGGGCGAGUGGUCAAGUCGAAUAACAAUUUAGAGUUGAUAACCCCUCGUAGGGUGCAUGUUGACCUAUCCCAUUUGUUGCCUAGGCGGCGGCUUCGAGCUGUUGGCACUUGGCUUCCAGUGAUCGCCAAGAGGGGAAUACAGGGCGUUUAUGGGUGGUAGUCCGGUAAGGCAAUUCCGGAGAAUGACCGGGCAUAGGGCUGUGUAUGAUACAUCUUUUGAAUCUAGUGGCCGUUGAAGGAGGUUGACUACCACUAUCAAGGACUCGGCACAUGCCGAUUCAAAGAUGUGACACUGACAGGCUCAAGUCAGCCCAUGUAUAAAGGAGCAGAUUUCUCUUUGCGUCUGCUCGCCAUUUGCAUUGCUUGGAGCUCUUCCCAUUGAACUACUGUCGCAUCUCCGAAAUUAAAAUGCAGCUUUUCACAUUGCUUUCGGGUCUUUGCUGCCUAGUAGCUGUCACUGCCUCACCCAUCCAGAAACGAGCAUUCCCUAAUCCUGAGCCUUGUUCUGGAAAUUGUACUUGGAUACAUGAUCCAAGUGUGAUUCAGAAAGAUGGGACAUACUACCGUUUUUCUACAAGUGGCAACAUUGCCAUUGCAACUGCGCCCAGCAUGACCGGUCCGUGGACGUACAAAGGCGCACUGCUGGAGCAUGGCACUUCAAUCUAUGUUGUUGAUGGCCAGGACAUUUGGGCUCCCGAUGUGUUUAAAGUCGACGAGACUUUCUACGCCUACUACGCGGUUAGCAAAAUGGGGAUUCAAACCUCAGAUAUUGGAGUUGCGACCUCGACGACCCUUGAUCCUGGGUCCUGGACGGACCACGGCAGCCUUGGUCUGCCGAAGAGCGCAGAGUACAACCUCAUCGACCCAAAUCUGUUCAAAGAGUCCGAUAACUCCCCAAUUUAUCUCACCUUUGGAUCCUAUUGGAACGAUAUAUUCCAAACGACUCUGAAUGACUCGCCAAUAAAAUUCUCUGGCAUCACGCCGAAGAAUAUUGUUAGUAAUUCGACUAUUAACGCUGCUGUAGCCGAGGGGUCUUAUCAGUUCAAGUGGCAGAAUUACUACUACGUGUUCUACUCGGCCGGUGCAUGCUGCAAUACACCGCCAAAUCUUGCGAAGCCAGGAGAUGAAUAUCGGGUUAUCGUUUGCCGAUCGGAUAGCAUCACGGGACCAUUCGUGGACCAGUCAGGUAAGGAUUGCUUGACUCAAAGUGGUGGAACGCUCGUGCUAGGGAGUCACGACGAUGUAUAUGCGCCUGGCGGACAGGGGGUAAUGUACGACCCAGAUAUGAAAAGUCCAGUUAUUUACUACCAUUAUGUUAAACCCUCGGUUGGCUACAACGCCGAUCAAUUCUUCUUCGGUUUCAACUAUCUAGAUUUUUCCUCUGGAUGGCCGGUUGUUGUCUAG